ACUUGAUUUUAGCUUUUCUCUUUUUGUUGCAGCUUUGACACGGAGGAAGAGUUCAAGAAGCGCGCUUACAAUCGAGUAGUUUCACUGCAAAGCGGUGAACCAAACUCCAGAAAAGCAUGGCAGCUUAUUUGUGAUGUUUCGCGACAGGAAUUUCAGGCUAUAUAUGACCGUUUAGAUGUAACACUUAGAGAACGUGGUGAAUCCUUUUAUCAAUCACGUAUGUUAUCUGUGGUUGAUUUUUUACGAAACAAAAAUAUGCUUGAACAUGAUGAGGGCCGUCAAAUCAUGUGGCCAAACGAAGACAGGAGUGGCAUACCUCUAACAAUCGUAAAGUCGGAUGGUGGUUUCACCUAUGACACUUCUGAUAUGGCUGCUAUACGCCACCGCAUAGAAGAGGAACAUUGCACAUGGAUAAUUUAUGUUGUAGACUCCGGACAAAGUACACAUUUUAAUACCAUUUUUAAAGCGGCGGAGCGCUGUUGUAUUCUCAAUCCGACCGCCCACCGUGUUCAUCAUGUACAGUUUGGCGUGGUUCUUGGUGAGGAUGGAAAGAAAUUUAAGACCCGUUCUGGUGAUACCGUUAAACUAUCAGAUCUUCUUAAUGAGGGAAUGAAACGUUCAUUAGAGCAACUACGCAGUCGAGGCCGCGACGAAAUUCUCACAGCUCAGGAACUAUUUGAAGCACAAGAGGCAGUGGCUUAUGGUUGCAUAAAAUAUUCAGAUUUAUGCCACAACCGUAUCAGUGACUACGUGUUUUCAUUUGACAAGAUGCUAGACGACCGCGGUAAUACUGCAGUUUAUUUAUUAUACACAUACACACGUAUUUGCUCUAUUGCACGUAACUUAGGUGAUGACUUCUGUUACUUGCUAAAGGUUUUAGAUACCGUCGAGAUUGUUUUGAAUCACGAAAAGGAGUGGAAGCUGGCAAAAACCCUUUUAAAGAUGCACGACAUAAUGAUCAAGUGCUCGAAAGACCUUUUCCUUCAUUUUCUUUGUGAGUUUUGCUAUGAGGUAUGCACUGUAUUUACAGAAUUUUAUGACAGUUGCUAUUGCAUUAAGAAAAACAAAGAUGGAGAGAUAAUUGAAGUAAAUCGUAGUCGAGUUUUAAUGUGCGAGGCAACUGCAGCAGUAUUGCGUCAAUGUUUCUACAUACUAGGACUAAAGCCAGUUUCUAAACUUUAACUUUGGUAGGCAAAUGUUUUUAUAAAAAUAUACACAUGCAUUAAUAUUAAUAUUAAUAAUUAAUAUUAAUUAUUUUAAAUAUAACAAUCUAUGAAGAACUAUUAAAAUAAAGAUCGAUGAUGUUUUUCUA